AUGGCAUCAUUAAAAGUUAAGCUAAAAGCAUGUUCUUUACCACUCUUACCGUCAUUAGUAGAAGAACAUAAUAAACAAGUGGAACAAAAAAUAACAAUGAUGCGUACUGAUGAAAAAUUUAAUGCUAUUUUUGAGGAAGCAAAACAAUUUUCCGAAGAACAUUUUGGUGAUUUUAAUAUGAAUAAUUUAAUGUCAUUUAGAAAUCGAAAAAGAAAUGUAGUUCGGCGAUCAGUAAUUGAUAUUAUUCUACAACAACUUAGCGAUAGAUUUGAUAAAAAUACCAUAUCUGUAAUGAAAGAUAUAGGUUUAUUAUCCAUAAAGCGUAUAAAAGAAGUUGGCCCUGUGCCCCAAGAUGCAUUCAGUAAAAUAUGUGAUGUCUAUGGAAUUGAUCAAGAGCGUGUAAGAAAUGAUUACAUACUAUUAAAAAGUGUUAUCAAAGAUUUAGAUCUCAAUUUACUGACAAAAUUACCAGCUAAAUUACAUGAUGACUAUGAAGAACAUAUAAGCGAUUCAAAUGAAAGCAAUGGAGAAGAUGAAGAAGAACAGCAAAACUUAAAUAAUUUUGGAAGCUUAGGAAAUAUUUUUGAAAUAAUUAAUACCAUGAAUAUUAAAUCAGAAUUUGAGCAUUUGUACACAAUAAUUAAAAUAAGUUUAACAUUGCCUACAUCUAGUUGUACUGUUGAACGAAGUUUUUCCAAAUUAAAAAUCAUCAAAUCCAGACUGCGUUCCACUAUGGAUCAAAACAGACUUGAGAAUUUAAUGAUUAUUUCUUGUGAACAGGAUAUAAACAUAGAUGUGUCAAAGGUAACAGAUACAUUUGCGAGAAAGACACCAGUAUUAACUAAGUUAUUAACAUUUUAA